AUGGUUCAUCCAGAUAGCACGCUCGACCCGAUCUUCUUGAAAAGUAUUGUCCAGAGCUGUCAAAUCUCGAGCCGAGUUUGCAAGGCACUCUCAGCAAAAGGCCUGGACGACCAACCUACCAAGCUGCUAGAAAUCGUUGCGAAGUACAACCAGGAGCUGUUGUCGUGGGAAAGUUCUCUACCCGCAGAAAUGCGACCGAGGAUUUGCUACAAAUACAUUGAGAACGUUCAACUCUCAAGGUCAUUGGGCAUCAUCUUGCUACAUUGCUCCUUUUACGACCUCUCAAUGGUUCUAAACGCGCCUUUAGCCUAUCCAUGGAUCAAAAGUGCUUUCGGCACAACCCCCAAAAGUGACUUGGAGAGAAAGAUUGAUGCACAAAUCAGUGAAAGCUCGGCGACAGUGGUGGAAUCCGCGAGAAAGAUCAUCAUUAUGACCAGGCACUUUGAUCUAAACGGAGCAAAUACGCAUGCGUUCAUGUUGCACUACCCAAUGCACGCUUUCAUAAAUUUAUUCAUUCACGUCCUGAAAAAUCCAGCAUCUACUUCGACUCGAUCAGACAUGGCAUUAUUGGAUGUUGCUGCCGGCUACUUCGGGCAGCUGGAUUUCCUCACUGGGUCAAAAUUAGGAUUCCCUUUUGCUCGAGACAUUACAGCAUUUGCCCGGCAGGCAGUUGACAACUAUCCAGAUCGCCGAUUUCCAAAAUAA